UGAAACACUCCCUGAAGUAUGUGCUCACAUCUACUUACGGACUCAGAGGCAUCCCGGAGUUUUUCGGUGUGGCGAUGGUUGAUGAAGUUCCCAUGGGUUACUGCGACAGUAACAGACCGACCCCAGAGGCCAAAACAGACUGGUUGUCAAGAAUUUUCGAAGAGAAACCUAAGCACUUUGAGUGGUACGUUGGCAGCUGUUUGGGGAACCAGCACACCUUCAGAGACACUAUGGACACGGUGAUGCAGCGCUUAAACCAGACUGGAGGUGCCCACAUUUUCCAGAGGAUGAGUGGCUGUGAGUGGGACGAUGAGACCGGAGAGGUUAAUGGUUUCAUGAACUACGGUUACGAUGGAGAGGACUUCCUGUCGUUCAGCCUGAAGAUAUUGGCAUGGAUCACUACGAAACAACAGUUUGUCGUCACCAAACAGACAUGGGAUGCUGAUAACUCCAGAACAAAUUACAAUGAGAUUUAUCUCACUCAGAUUUGCCCCGAGUGGCUGAAGAUGUAUGUCGACUAUGGGAAAAGCUCUCUGCUGAGAACAGACCUCCCCUCAGUGUCUCUCCUCCAGAAGUCUCCGUCCUCUCCAGUCAGCUGCCACGCUACAGGUUUCUACCCCGACAGAGCCAUGAUGUUCUGGAGGAAAGACGGAGAGGAGAUUCACGAGGACGUGGACCUCGGAGAGAUCCUCCCCAACCACGAUGGAUCCUUCCAGAUGAGCAUUGAUCUGGAUGUUUCGUCAGUCGCACCUGAAGACUGGAGCAGGUACGACUGUGUGUUUCAUCUCUCUGGUUUGGAGGAGGACAUCAUGACCAAACUGGACAAAGCAGCGAUCAGGACUAACUGUGGUAAGACUGGAGGUUAAAAAAAAUGUUUUUGUUUGUUUUGUUUUUCUAGAGCUAGAUCACAAAGCCACCUGAAAAUACUCAGUAUCUUUAAGUUAUCCUGCUUAAUUUACCGUAACAUUAGGCGCCUGGAUGAUCGGUACAAAGCUGGUUAUCGACCAGCUCAGUCAACUCUGGGCUUUUCUAUCCAGCCACUAAAGCCACAUGAAAGGGGGGGGGGGUUAAAUACGAGCGACAUUAUAUGAGCCAAGAAUGAAAUACGUCUUAUCAAUCAAUCAAUCAGAUUUUAUAUAUAGCACUGUUCAUACAAUCAACACUGUAACACAAAGUGCUUCAUACACUA